AGCCAUGCCCAAACAGGCAACUACCUACAGAGGUACCUGGUAAAUACUUUACAGUCUAUUACGGUACCAUGGAGGACCCUGUUCAAGGACCGCUCUCGCCAAACUUAAUGCUCGCGAGUGGUUCUAGAAUCCCAUACUCUAUGUUCACUUCCACAACUAUCACGACCUCAGCAUGUAUAAAAGACGGCGCCGAUCUGCAACAAGUAGAUAGUUAUCAACUGCAACCUGGCAUUCAUUGAUCACCAUGAAGGGUUUCUCAUAUCUGGGCUAUGCUCUCUUGGCGUUGGUGUCCUUCUCGUCAGCGCAUCCCGGCAUGGGUGAUACUAUUGCAGCAGUGCGCCGCGAGGCGAACAAAGCCAAGCGCGCCGAGUCAAAAGUGCUCAUUGGCGACCUCAAGACCCUCAAAGACAGUCAACUCACUCCGAUUGGUAAAGACAUCAAGGCCAUUCUGCUUGAUCAGCUCGGUGCUGAAUCAAACACCAUCGACAGUUCGAUCCCCGCUGGUGCCAUCGGUAGCGCAGCCUGCAAGGCAGACCUGUGUUGCGUCUGGAAAUGGAUCAGCUAUGAGAUGACGGCAAAGUUCAACGGCACAUCUGGUCGUUGCAACAAAUUCGCCCGCCAAGCUGUCCGCCUCGGCUUCCACGAUGCAGGCGUGUGGUCCAACACAUCCACCUACGGCGGCGCCGAUGGCUCCAUCCUCCUCAGCGACGAAAUCUCGCGCGCCGACAACAACGGUCUCGCCUCCAUCGCCGAGCAGAUGACCGCCUGGUACAAGAAGUACUCGCCCUAUGGCGUCACCAUGGCCGACCUGAUCCAGAUGGGCGCCAACGUCGCCACUGUCGUGUGUCCACUGGGCCCGCGCAUCCGAUCGUUCGUCGGUCGCAAGGACAACUCGAAGGCCGGUCCCACGGGCCUGCUGCCGGGCCACACCGACUCCGCAGACACGCUGAUCAAGCUGUUCGCCGCCAAGACAAUCGACCCGCACGACCUCGUCGCCCUCGUCGGCGCGCACACAACAUCGCAACAGCACUUCGUGAACACUGUGCGCGACGGCGACCCACAGGACUCCACACCGGGUGAGUGGGACGUGGCGUUCUAUUCGGAAACGACUGGCUCUGCGGCACCGCGUGUGCUCAAGUUCCAGUCCGACAUCAAUCUGAGCAAGGACUCGCGCACAGCGGGCGAGUGGAAGGAGUUCAGUAGCCCGAGCAAUGGGCAGAACCAUUGGAAUGAGGACUACGCGAAGGCGUACGUGAGAUUGAGUCUGCUGGGCGUGAACAACAUCAACGAUCUGAAGGAGUGCACAAAGGUGCUGCCGCCGCAUAGGGCGAGCUAUGUUGCCGAGGAUCAGGUGAUUCUAGAUAUGUGGCUACAGGGGCAGUUCAACCAGCUGAACAACCUCGUGGACGACGCGAUCAUGUUGACAGGUGUCGGCGGAGGAGGAAGCGGAACCAUCAUCACACCCUAAUCGUCUCUCUAAACACCACCAUAGCAAACCCAAAACCCAAAACCAAUAUCUUCUUACUAAAUUCAAAGUACUUGAUACUAAACAUCCAUCUCAUC